GCUAUUGAAAUUAAGAGGCUUCGAGCAAGCAAGCGUGAGCUGGAACAACGGAUAGAAGAACUUGAAGCGCGUUUACGAGAAGAACGCAAAGCUGCGGCGAUGGAAGCAGCUCAAGAUUCAAGGAGGACAGACGGGUCCUCUUCUCAAAAUCAAUCAUCCGGCGAGGACGUGAAUGUAGCCUAUGUAAAGAACAUUGUCUUCAAUCUCAUCGCUAAUUUGCGGACUUCUUCCCUCGCAUCUCGAAUGGCUGUGGUAAAAGCACUAUCCAUGGCUCUCCGCUUUACUCCCGAGGAGGAAAGUGCUCUAAUUGGAGGCAUAAUUGGUUAG